ACGGUUUAAAGAUUUGCUACCACGCCGGCGCGGCCGGAGCGCCAAGCUGGCCAAGCUAGCGCUGCUGUAUAUUGCUGAUCCGUGGUUGGAAGCUACACAUGUAUUUGUCUAUCUAUGGUUGGAAGCUGAACCCGUCAGUUUGAGUUUUCCCAGACCCAUAUUAUGGCAGAUUUUGAAACGAAAGGAUGGAAUCGAGAUGGAAAGCGUGACAGGGGUCCAUACAAGCGUAACAGAAAAGGUGAUCGCUCAAAUCAUUCCAAACAGAAGAAAGAAGAGGAAGGAUGUCUGGAGAAUGUAGAGCUUACACCAACCCUCCUAGCCUUUAAAGAAUACCAGUCUGAGCUUGAUCUUAAGCACGACAAGUAUGAGAGACUGGUGAAAGUCAGCAGAGAUAUUACAAUUGAGAGCAAGAGGAUUAUAUUCCUGCUUCACCGCAUAGAUGGAGACAGUGACAAGGUUCUUACUGAAGCAGAGACAAGGUUAAAGUCAUUGGAAGAUACACUCAUCUCUAAGGUUGCUUCUGAACUCAAGGGUGAAGACUUGCAUCAGUUUAUCAGAGCGUUUUCACCAGGACUUCAAGAGUAUAUUGAGGCUGUUUCAUUCUAUCUCUUCAUCAAAAAUGGAAGACUUCUAUCACUUGAUGAAAUUGCUACAAGACUCACAUUUUCUCUGAAAGAUGACAUCAAGCAGGUUGAAAAUGAGGAAGCAGAGAAAGCUGAUGGAGUAACGGGUCAACCAGAAGCCAGUGAUCCCACAGAGAUUCAAGAUCCAUUAAUGGAAUCAAAAUGUGGUAGUGACCAAAGGACAUUGUCUCUGAAACUUCCACCUCUUGAAUACAUGCUUGGACUGGCAGAUUUCACAGGGGAACUCAUGCGCAUGUGUAUAAACAUUAUCGGUAGCGGAGACCUAGAGAGACCCUUUCAGUUAGUUGAUUUCAUGAGGAACAUCAACAGAGGAUUCCAGCAACUUGGUAAUGUAGCAGGGCGCGAGAUGGUGCGCAAGUCAUCGGUCAUGAGACAGAGCUUGAAGAAAAUGGAGGAUGCCUGCUAUGUAAUCAAAGUCAGGGGAUCUGAGAUUCCCAAGCACAUGCUGAAGGAUGUUGCUUUCAGCACAGACUUUUCUACAAGAGAUGAUGACUAUGGUCAAGAAAUGAUGGACUGAUUUAGUUUGUCUGGUUCAAGUUUGAGAAUCUUAAUAAUAAAGGCUUACUUCAAAGGGAUCCCAUAUUCCAAAACAAACACUGAAGGACGCUGAUUUAGCACAGGCUUCUUACAAGAAAUGAUGACUGUGUUCAAGAUAUAGUUUUAGAUAUUUUCAUUUGUGUCAUUGAUGAUAUCAAGUUUCAGUAACUCCUUAGUAAACUUAUAAAACAUAUUAACAUUUAUGAUUACUGAUAAUUUAAUGUCAUAAUUGAUUAUACAUGGUGGUCAUUGCAUUCAAAAUUUGUUCUAAAAUCAUAUGCUAAGCUUUGUGAUCGAUCUCUUAUAAUACAAGGCACAUGUCUAAGUAUAUAUAUGAACAGUGAAAACUGUGAGAUGAUCUGUGAUCAUGAAAACUAAACACACGGGUGAAUCAUAAACUUUUAUACUGAGUUGCCAAUGAUUAAUAUCUUUUCUUGGAUUUCAACAUCAUACCACAUUCACACCGAUUAAUCCGACUCCAGACAAACCAAAUCUAUAACCUUACUUCCAGUGACAACCAUCGUUUGGAUUGUUUAUUUGAUCCAAUACCAUAAAUAUACAUAGCAGCCUUUCCAAAGGAAAAAAAAAAGAAAAAUGGGUUGUAUUUAUGUAUGUUGUAUCAUUUUCACAAAGAAUUAGAGCCAGGGAAAGUAAGAUUCAUGAAACUUCUUAUUAUGUGGAUGGACAAUAUACAUUUUUGUUUCAAGAUAAGCACCUGAAUUAUUAUUCAACUCACCAUGCCAGCUGAAUGCUUAAACAAAAUUAAAACAAACAAAAAAACGAAUCAUGAUUUCAAGGCGUGGAGGUGGGCUCAUCUGACUAAAACUUACUUUUACAUUAAAUUUUUAAUGAUCAUGUAUCAUACUCAAAGUCAAAAAUUGACAUUUGACAACACUGGGUAUUUAGUAUCUUGUCAUCAUGCAUAUGAAUUCUGAUUAUCUUUAAUAACUGUUUCCAAUUUACAUUUAUUUUUCAAGUCUUGCCUUUGUUAUUUGAAGAUGUCAAUAUCUACAAAUUAUUGAACUUUUUCAGAAUAUUGAAUGAAGGCUUAUUAAAAGAAAGUUUUCAUAGUUCAUUCUGGCUGUAAUGGUCAUUCCUCUUUUGCAUCUUAAAUUGUGAAUAGUUCCUGUGUUAUGAUGAAAUGGCAAUGUAAAUUGUCUUUUUAAACUGUGUUGCUCAAAGUUUUAAAUGCAGUUUUAAUUAAAAUGUAAGUUCUUAUAAGGAAUCAGUUCAUGUUGUAAGAAAGAUUUUUUUUUCAGAAAUGGGCAAGAAAAUUAAAAUCAGAGAAAUUUGA